GGCUAAAACCAAAACUCAAUCUUCAGAAUCUUCUUCCUUUGCCAACAGGAUCAGAGUAUUUAAUCUGGGCUUUGUAAAUCUAUAUCAUUAAAAUGACUAAGUUUUCUUCUUUUUCUCUAUUUUUCCUAAUAGCUGGGGCUUGCAUGACUCCAGAAUGUUUCAACAUGGAAAUUAUUGGAGGGAGUGAAGUGUCACCUCAUUCCAGGCCAUUUAUGGCUUCUAUUCAAUAUGGUGGGAAUCACAUUUGUGGAGGAAUUCUGAUCCAUCCACAGUGGGUGCUGACGGCAGCCCACUGCCGAGCUCGGUUUGCCAAAGGCAAGUCUCCUAAAGUGGUUUUAGGAGCACACUCUCUCUCUAAGAAUGAGGCCUCCAAACAAACAUUUGACAUUAAGAAAUUCAUACCAUUCUCAAGAUUUAAACCAGAUCUUGAAUUGAACGAUAUCAUGCUGGUUAAGCUUCACAUGGCUGCAAAACUCGACAAGAAUGUCCAGCUGAUUCGCCUAAGAUCCAAAGACUAUAUUAGAUCUGGAACCAAAUGCCAGGUUACAGGCUGGGGCACCAACGACCCAGAAUUUUAUAGGCCUUCUGAUACUCUGCAAGAAGUCACUGUUACUGUCAUAAGUCGAAAACUUUGCAACAGCCAACGUUAUUACAACCACAAACCCAUUAUAACUAAAGACAUGUUAUGCGCAGGGGAUGCCAGAGGCCAAAAAGAUUCCUGCCAGGGUGACUCAGGUGGCCCCUUGGUCUGUAAGGGUGUCUUGUUUGCCAUAGUUUCUGGAGGUCAUAAAUGUGGCAAUGCCAAGAAACCUGGAAUCUACACCCUAUUAACCAAGAAAUAUCAGGAUUGGAUCAAAAGCAAGCUUGCCCCAUCUCACACAAAUUAAGAUUACAAAUGAGUUCCUUGGAUCUCCCAGUUGCAGUUGCUUGCUUGCUGUUCUACAGUCCAACUUUAUCUUCAGAUGUAGUUAAAGCAGAGCACUGAUUUUAUUAAGUAAUCAAUUUCUUGUUCAGAGUCUACCACUGAUGUAUUUCUACUAUGCUGAUUUCAGUCUGAAUAAAAUUUAGAAAGCUA